AUGUUCAAUUUAAUUUUAGUACGUAAUGGUAUGUUAUCAUCGACAACAUUGAAUAACUUAACAUCGUAUUCAAAUAGUAAUAAACAAUUGAAAUUUAUUAAUACAACAAGUGUAAAUGAUUUUAAAAUGUGCUCAGAAUCUAUAACAACACCGAUUCGUUUAAAUAAAAACAAAUUUACUACACCAAUUUCUACUCAACGUCGCGCCUUAGGUCUUGUGAAUCAUAAUAGUAAUCGAAUAUGUCGUGUGAUAUCAACUGAUGAUCUCUCAGAAUUAAAUACUGUUAAGGAAAUAAACAAUUAUAAUACUAAUAAAUAUGAAGAACCCAUCGUACUUCAAUCUUCAACUUCUAUAAAUGUCUGUGCACAUUCAGAAGAUGAUCUUCCACAUUGUAAUCAUUCUAGUCAAGAUACAUUUGAUGAUCUUAUACCAAAUGAUGAACGUAUCGAACGCAUGAUUAGAAAUCAAACAAUAGGUAUAAGUUUUUUGAAUUGUUAUACUUCUAAUGAAAAUAUAAUUCGAUGUCAAUCACCUGUUUGUGCUAAUAUUAAUAAAUCUACUUUACUUGACAUGAUUGACAUUUAA